UGAGAUAAACGAGAACCCCUCAGAGCUCAGAACCUCAGAGACCACGGAGGACCCGAGAAGACCAGAGCUCAGCCUCAGACGUGGAUCAGACCGGCUUUAAGAUGCUCGCUGCCUGUUUGGAGUUCCUGGGGCUGGCGCAGUGCGUCCUGGGCUCGCUGCUGGUGAUGGUCGCCUGCGGGCUGCCCAUGUGGAAGGUGAGCGCCUUCAUCGACUCCAACAUCGUGGUGGCUCAGACCAUCUGGGACGGGCUGUGGAUGUCCUGCGUGGUGCAGAGCACCGGCCAGAUGCAGUGCAAAGUCCACGACUCGGUGCUGGCCCUGGCGCAGGACCUGCAGACGGCCCGGGCCCUGACCAUCAUCUCCGCCGUGCUGGGGGUCGUGGCUCUGACCGUGACCGUGGCGGGGGCGCAGUGCACCAACUGCAUCAAGGAUGAGACGGUGAAGGCGCGGGUGGUGAACGCCGGAGGGGUGAUCUACAUCAUCAGCGGCUUGCUGGUGCUGGUGCCGCUCUGCUGGAUGGCCAACAACAUCAUCGUGGACUUCCACAACCCGCGGAUGUCGUCCUCCCAGAAGAGGGAGAUCGGGGCCGCCAUCUACGUGGGCUGGGCGGCCACCGCGCUGCUGCUGCUCGGAGGGACCCUGCUGUGCUGCUCCUUCUCCCAGCUGGUCCGGGGCUCCUACCCCAUCAAAUACGCGCCCACCAAGACGAUCUCAGUCAACGGGGACUUCGACAAGAAGCACUACGUUUAAAGCUCGGGUUUAUAGCGGGGGACUUGUUUUUUUUUUUUUUAUUAUUUGGGCACAUUUGUGCCAAAGAUCUGUUCAGACUUGUGUGGAACUGAAGCGGCGCAAACGACACAUCAGCAGCGUCAAAUAUGUGCAACUGAAGUGAAUGUGUUCACGCGCCAGGCUGCGCAAGUUUAUUUUAGCCUGGUUUGAUUAAAACUGAGCAGAUUCAUUAAAUGAUAGUUGUGGAGGCUGCAGCGCUGCAGGCUGCUGAGGCAGCAGAUUUCAUUCUCUCUUCUCCUUCUGAUGCUCGAGUUUCUGGUUCCCACCGUGGACACGCGGACACGCGGCCACGCGGCCAGACCCACUCAGACCGAUGUGCACUCAUGUGGUGAUCAAGGCAGGGAAUUAGCAUUUGAAUGCGUGUACAGUGUUUUUGUACUUCCUCUCAUUAUUUUCUUGUCUUUGUUUUUUUUUUUUUUUUUUUUUUUUACAGACUUACUUUUUCUAAUAAAGAACAAAACAUGUA